UGCAGGCAGCAGACAGCAGACACCAGUCAAAGCAUCGUGACAGAGCAGAAGCAGAGUUAUUUCUGUCGGCUUUUUAGACGAUUUGUUAUUUAAAUUUAUCUCCUCAAAUCCCGAAUUUGUCCUUCAAGAGUAGGACCGCUUUGAUCUUGUGCGAUGGCAGACCAAGAACGUAUGACAGCCGAGUUCAUGGAACUCACCAACGUAGGUGCAGACCAAGCGAAAUUCUUCCUCGAGUCCAGUGGCUGGAGUGUUCAGUUGGCCAUUGCCAGCUAUUAUGAGAAUGGUGGAGGAUCUGACAUGGGUGACGAACCUGAAAUCGUGCAGGAAGUCCCAGCACCUCCACGUCCUCCAGCACAAGUUAAGACUGAGCCUGAAGAAACAACCAAGAAGUCUGAGAAGAAAACUUCAUCUUCUGGGAUCCAGACCUUGAGGACCCUAGAUAACUCUGAUGGCAGCUCUGACGAAGAAGGCCAAGCCUUUUAUGCAGGUGGUUCUGAACACAGUGGUCAACAAAUCCUGGGCCCAUCCAAGAAAAAGGGAGAUAUUGUGAAGGACAUUUUCAAGUCUGUUCGAGAACGCGGUGCUGAAGAAGUUGAUGUUGAUCCGCGCCAGGCAUCCUCCAGCAAGAGAUCCAAAGCUUUUGGUGGGACAGGUUACAGGCUUGGCCAGGCGCCUAGUGAAUCGCAAGUCAUUCCUUCAACUUCAAAUGAAGGUAGAACUGUUCCUCUGCAGAUGACAAUCAAGAUGUGGAAGACUGGAUUCAGCAUUGAUGAUGGUCCACUGAAGGAUUAUGAGCAAAACAAGGCGUUCCUUGAUUCCAUCAAAAAUGGAGAAGUUCCUCAAGAACUGUUGAACCAGGCUAGGGGCAGAGAAGUGAACGUGAACCUGGAGGACCACCACAUGGAGGAAUUCUCAGCGCCAAAGAGAAAGGUCCAGGUGUUUGCCGGCAAAGGACACAUUCUUGGCAGUCCCACACCUGUCACUGUUGGAGUCACUCAACCAAUGACAGAGAAAGACAAGGAGUCAAACGAAGAUUCUGCCAAGACCGCAGUCCCAGUUGACCCCUCACAACCCUCCACCACAGUUCAAGUGCGACUCAUGGACGGAUCUCGCCUUCUGGCCAACCUGAACCACACUCACACAGUUGGGGACCUACGGAGAUUCAUCUCAACUGCGAGACCUCACCUGCAGAAUCAGACGUUUUACUUGCGAACCACCUUCCCUAGUGCGGAAUUGACAGACGAUUCCAAAACCCUGAAGGAAGCAGGUCUUCUGAAUGCUGCUGUUCUCCUGCGACUCAAUUAAGUUUGCUGCAGAUAACAUGCUGCACACAACACGAAGCGAAAAAUUCAAGAAGAGUUGUUUUGAGCCAAAGUCUUUAAUUUCCAUUCCGUUUCUCUAAGCGAGAAUGACACAGGGGUUUAGGAAGAGUAAUGCCAAUUGAAUAAUUUGGCAAACAUACAAUAAUUGUGUAUUGGUUUACUCAAAAGUUUCUGCUGCCUCACAAGUGAUGGCAUUUAAUUUGUUGUAUAUUUAUUGCGAACUACAUGGUCAUUAAAGUAUGAUUUACACUUGAAUACAAAA